AUUCCGAAGAAAAUUAAAUUAUUUGUCCUUGUUACGCCCCUCUGCUACAGUUCCACGGCAUCUGGCAGUGUCUGCGCCCCACGUUUGGGAACCACUUUCUAAAAUGAUAAUGACCGCUCACAAUCGUUAGUAUUUUUGUUAAUUUCUUCUUUAUCUACUCGUUGCUGAAUUGGUAAAUAAGUCGAGAGGUAAAUACUAGUUAGUGCCUCAUUAAGGGAGUGUUUUAAUUGGCCAAUUAGGUUAAACUUUGUUAAUAACAGUAAAUAUGACAGCCAGAUGGGCACGGCGAGACAUGAUGACAAUUUUUGUCUUAUAGGAGUUCACGAUGUAUGUCAAAAUUCUAAGCAGCCUGCCCUGUCGGGCUGUGAUGAAUGGGUGGAACUUCCACCGUGACGACAACAGUGUGGUUUCUCCUCCGCUGUCGUAAUAUGUCACACGCCCUUAACAAUGACCCGUGAUUAAGUGCAAACUACUGUAAAUGUGUUUUGGUGUCACAUUUAAAUUUUCAUCAUCACAAUUGUACGAUCUAAUCUGAGAAAAUCCCGUUGCUGCGCUGAACUCUUUAAUUUGAGGGACUGAAAGUGAAAUGACACAACAUAAUGAUGAUGGUUUGGGAAUGUUCUGGCAAGCUUCAACGCAAAAAAAAAAAAAGAAACCGAAAUAACUCAAAAUACACACAUAUCCGUAAAAUGACUCAUCCAGAAAUAUUUGUCGAUGCUUGUCUCCAUGUUUCCAGGUCGUCUCUGUCCACGAGGAGUUGUGCAACGUUGUAAAGUCUGUGUUACAUCUUGACUGUUCCACCCACUGUAUCUGCUGUAAUGAGGCAGUGACCUGGAUUUAAACUCCAGGUCUCCAGACAACAGUCGUUGAACACGUUAAAUAUUCAGUUCUGCUUGUGUCCACCGACAGAUUCUGACAAAAUUGCAAACUUAACCAACACAUUUCAAACAUAUUGAUGCUGGGUCAAUAACAAGACAGAUGUCAUCAUUUCAAAAGGUUCAAAAUGUAAGACAUGUUUCAGGUUUUGGUUUUGAUUUCACUCCUCGGACGAGGCGAAGACGUCCCUCCAGAAUUGUCCUAACAAAGACAUCUUUGACACAGAGUUAAAUAGAAAAUAUGUAGAGAAAUGUUAAUGUUAUUUUUAUAAGAAAGAUUAUACUUGAAAUUGUUCAAAUGAAUGAGAUGUGAUACAUUGAUAUAAUAAGUCAAAUACUACAGAAGUACUCAAGAUGUUUUCAAAACAUGUAGGACAUUUCAUUCCAAAAUUAAUUGUAAUAGAUUGUCUAAAAUUUGACCAAAACCAGAUUUGAAUAAAAACCCCUGAUCUUCAGUUUGAUGUAUUAUCCUCUGCCUGGUUACAGCACAGUGCACAUGAUGAUCCAUCAUUUCCUGCCCGUACUUUGACCCAGAAGAUAAGGAUGCAUGUUCUAACUAUUGGAGCGCACCUAAAGAUCAAACAGUCUUGUGUCUCAGCCCUCAAAAAACACCACAAAAACAUGGGAUAGACGUCAAUGUCUAUAAUGAAAACAUACUUUUAAAAAGUCUUAUAUAUUUCACAUAUAAACAAACAAUGUUUUUGUGUUAUCAUUUGUCAAUAGUUAAUAGCCAAUAGCUUGUCAUGCCGUUACUGAUGCUAACAUUUUAAAAUGAUACCUACAUUGCUAUAGUUGUAGACAGGUGUAAACAGUGCUGUAAAUUAAAAAUGCUACUUCCAGUCAAGAAACAAAAGAUAUGGGAGAUGGAUUGAAUUGUCAUCAUUUUCUGGUCUCCAACGAGGUAUAAACAGCAGCCUGAGCUGCAGGGAUAUGGUAUGUGGGAAGAUAUUUGGUGGUUCAAACUUGGAGCGCGGCCUCUGCCCAGCUUAUAUUUCACGUCAGUUUUUCUUUUUAAUGUUGUGUUCGCUCCUCAACAUUUGGUUCUGUAAAGUAAACAGGGUACGUCCAAGUAACUAUGUUUAGGUUAAUGGUUCCAAAGCAUCAAACUGUUCUUUCUCAGAUGAAGGGUCACUUCAGGGCCAACUGUCACUGGUGUAUUUUUCUGGUUGCUUGUUGCCGUUGUAUAGAUGUGGUGUAAUUCAAAGAAACCACGUGAUGGUUUUGUGUUUUUCCUCAGAAAAAACCCAAACCAGGUGGACACCAGAACCGUCCGUGUGUUAAUGGAAGUAGCCGAGCUACACAGGAAACACCUCGGCGGCCAGCUGCUGUUUGGCCCCGACGGCCUGUUGCACAUCAUCCUGGGAGACGGAAUGAUCACCCUGGAUGACAUGGAGGAAAUGGAUGGACUGAGUGAUUUCACGGGGUCGGUCCUGAGGGUGGACGUGGACACAGACUGUUGUUCAUCACCGUACUCCAUACCCCGGAACAAUCCAUACUUCAACAGCACCAACCAGCCUCCUGAAAUCUUUGCACAUGGUUUACACGAUCCAGGCAGAUGUGCAGUGGACCGGCUUCAGACGGACAACGGAAGUCUCCUCAUCCUCUGCACAGAUGCCAGUGGCAAAAACACGUCGACAGGGAGAAUACUGGAGAUCACGAAGGGGAAAGAUUACGAGAAUGAGCCUUCUGUCUAUGACCUGCACUCCACCGGAGGGGCGCCACCUGUAGGAGGCUUUAUUUACAGAGGCUGCCAAUCCAGGAGGCUGUACGGGAGUUACGUGUUUGGUGAUAAAAAUGGAAACCUACGGAUCCUUCAGAAGACGUCGACGUCGACAUCAGAACCAGAGGAACAGUGGCAGGAGAAGGCUCUGUGUCUGGGCUCCUUCGGUUCCUGUGGCUCCAUGUUUAUGGGACACAUCCUGGGAUUCGGUGAGGAUGAACUCGGUGAAGUCUACAUCCUGGCGAGCAGUAAAAGUAUGGCCCAGUCACAGAGUGGGAAACUCUACAAGCUGGUGGAUCCUAAACGGCCUCAUGCACCCAAAGAGUGCCAGCGUCAGGUGGAGUCUCCAGAGCUGCUGAUGACAGCUUGUUCCCGACACUGUAAGAACGGACACUGCACUCCCACUGGCAAGUGCUGCUGCAGCCCCGGCUGGGAAGGACUCUUCUGUCGGAUUGCUAAAUGUGAACCAGCGUGCCGCAACGGAGGAGUGUGUACGGAGCCCAACAAAUGCCUGUGCAAGAACGGCUACUCCGGUGCUCAGUGCGAGAAAAGUGAGCAAGGCAUGCCCAAUGACCAGGAGAAAGACGGUAUACUGGACCACAUCAUAGACAUGACCUCGUAUCUUCUUGACCUGACCGGCUAUAUAGUAUAGGGGUGGGCAGAGGAGGGCUACGUCCCACCAUCACACUCAAGACGACACAAAUCUACCUACCACCACAAGCAAACUCUUAACGGGUUGUCCUUAAGAAGACGUUUUGAUCUCCUUACAACCACGCAGGCAUUACUUAGCUCAUAAAGAUAAACACAGAGGGUCCCUGUCAACAUCAUCACCAUCAGAUAGCUUCACGCUCCUGAGCACCAGGCCUGGCAUCCAAGCCGUGUUCGCUUCAGACAGCAUCAAGAUCACUCACAAGCAGAAGCCAAAUAUGGACGUUCCACUAACACGGAGACGUGGCUUAACCUACAGGAACAGGAACUCAACAGGAACCGAGCAUUUGAACCCGAGAUCUUGAUUCUCAUCAGGGCCGACCAGAUGCCUUAUCCCACAGCCAGUGAAGACAGUUGGUUUUUCAGGGGGUUUUGGCCUGAGGAUACAAAUCGCAAAGAGCCGUUGCUCAACAUCCCAUAUGCUCCACUGUCCAUUUAAAACUCAUGUAAAGCAAAUGUCUACAAGGAAAAAGACUGUCUGUCAAGGAACUUCAGCUUUGUCUGAAAAUAAAAUUUUAAAAAAGCUGAGAAGCCAGUGAGAAUCAGGGGUCAGAGGUCACAAUGACACUAACCCUAUUCUAACGUCAUUAAUACCAGAGGGAUGAACCAUGUUGUCUCACUUUUGUCGUUGUAUUUAGUUUGCAGGCACAUUGUCAUAAAAAAAGCUACAGUUUCCAUCAUGUAUACAUUUGUUUUACGACACUCUUUGUUUUUAAUCAAUGUACAGAAUUCAAACCACGUGGAACAGGUGACUGUUGCCCAACGCAGAAACCAGACAUGAACGAAUGCCAACGUUUUACUUACAGCCUGAAAGGAGUCACCAACUCCCAUGCACUGUAUUAUUUUUUUCUCACGAUUCCAAAAUUCAGUGAAAGUGCCAGAAACGUAACAGUGAAAUCUUUAUAUCCCGCACCAUAAACACACACAAACACACACACACUACACCAGCAGGUGUGCUUCACACGCUGUGUCACGCACUGAAUCAAAGUCAAAAUUACCAAGAGAAGCGGAGAGGACAAAAAAACAAAAUGGCAGCGAUGUACACUCAGUGGCCACUUUAUUAGGUUCACCUACUCAACUGAUCCUCAAAGCAAAUAUUUCAUCUGCCAAUCACAUGACUGCAAUACAAUAUAUUGAGUCCCUGUCCCAUGUUCCUCAAUACGACACGUUUUUUCCUUAAAAAGUUCAUUCCUUUUGGCUCGACGCUCGGCAGAAACAUCAGUUUCUCCACAGAGGAGUCAUUUUUGUUUUGUUUUGUUUUGGUUUUGUUUUUCGAACAAUAAGAUUUUCCUAAUGAAGUGGACGGUGAGUGUAUAUAUUCAGUAGAGCUUACCUAAGUACUACUUAGCAUCGCAAAAAAAAAAAAAGAAUUAUAGCAUUACUAUUGUUUUCAUAGAGAAGGGUUUAUUUUUUUAAGCGUAAUAAUAUAUGGGAGAAAAUGGUGUUUAUAGAAAGCAGUUUUACACUAAGCCUGUCAGUUCAUGUUGUACUUAAGCAGCUUUCACGAGACAAGUGAGGAUACAGUUCGUUUUUCCCCCCAGCCCCCCUUUUCUUUUUUUUUUUUUUUUACUCCUAUGUUAAAGU